AUGAUGCCGCGUGAGCAGGUGUCGAGCAGCGCCACGUUCCAGGCCGUGUUCCGGUUCUUCAAGGUCAUCUGCUACAUGUUCUUCAUCAUCGCACUCGUGUGCUCCGCUGCCGUCAGCAAACUCUGUGUCCUCCUCAUGACCUCCGGAAUCACCAAGGUAACCAGGCUGCUCCCUGAGCACAACUGGCCGGCGAAGACCCAGCUUGUGAUCAGCAUGUGUUUCCCUUACGGCAUCUGGUUCCUCGUAUACAGCGCCAAGUCGCUGUUUGGCAGCACCGCCUGGCCAUCACUGCCCCUACUCACGUCGGCGCUGCUGGUGGAGCUGCUGCACACGCUGGGUAUGUGUCUGCUCGUUUUCCGUGUGCUUCCCCUCCUGGACAUGCUGCGCGCUCUUAUCCUACUGGCCUCAAUCUACACUAUCCCGGCAUUCCUCAAGACCGUCUUCGAAGGUCGCGACCCCAACAUCAGCCUUUCCCGGAAGUGCUCCAUGUUCAUGCUCAACUGCGGCGCUUUCCUCAUACAGAUCGGCAGCAUCGUUCUGUGUCUAAUGUAUCAAAUUCCAAUGACUCCAGACGAGAAGCUGGCAAUACGGAAUAAGGUUCUACGGGAUAAUAUCGAGGUCAUGGUUCCACGCCCGAUGCUGAGGGAAGGAUACUUCGGUAAUUAUAUCGUGUAUGAACUGCCACUGGCACUGAUUCUCAUCUCAUUGGCGUACUGGGAGAAUUUCGUUGAUGACGACAUGGAGAUAUGCGGGCGCGUGCUUGCGUUUCGCUCGUGGAAAAAGCACUUGCACCACACACGGGGUCGCCUGUACAUCUUUGUAAGCGUCUGGAAGGCUCUCUGGGUGGUGGCGUUCGCAAUUCUCCUGCAACCCGGAUUCAACUUUAACCUUCACUAUACACAAUACACCAUAUCCAGUAACAAAACUGGCACUAGCAAUGCAACACUUUUGAAUACUACUCUUAUACCCGUAGCGUCAAACAUGUCGAUAAACACCAUUGAGACAGACACGUUUAGCAUAUUAGAAUACCCGGUGUACGGAGACUAUGGUGCAGGCAACGCAGGCGGAGGAUCUGCCACCAUAAAUCCACUCGUCAAACUCACCGAACCGACAGUUAACAUUGAAAAUGAUACGAAGAAGUCACUAAACAUAACCCGAUCCCUAAAAGACAUUUUUAAACUCUCCAAACAGACCAUAAGACAUUUUGAGCUGUACGGGAUAGUGUACAUACAGAUCAUAUCCAGCUCGUUGACCACCUACUUCGGCAGCACGGCGUGUAAAUUGUGCAUGCAACUGAUGGGUUUCUCCCUGCCGCUCAUGCUCAUACUUCCGGUAUCCGUGGCGUUCAUCGUGCUACAGUGCGUCUAUCAGUUCUUGCCGACGGGUGUGUUUAUCUGGGUGGGUGUGGAGACUGGCAGUAACACGUGGAUCCUCCACCUCGCCUGGCUCGGCGUCGUCUGGCUUUCAGAAGUGUACAUUGUCUCGCACAUUUGGUUCCCCAGUAACGGUCGUAUGGAAAGGAUUGACAGAUUAUUCGUCACCCCGGUUCGUUGUGGCAUCCUGCCCGACCAGUCGUUGAUGCUCCGUCGUCGGCGGAAUGACCAGGACACGAGCCUACUACCCGACGUUGACGACGAAAGCUAUGACCCGGAUGCCCUCCAGUACAAGGCUGACGACGUCGUACCCCAGAUCUACGCAUGUGCGACCAUGUGGCACGAGACGCGUGCCGAGAUGACCAACCUACUAAAGUCUUUGUUCAGAAUGGAUAUCGACCACAGCGGACGGUACCUGGCCCAAAAGUUCUACAAAAUUAGGGAUCCUGACUAUUACGAAUUCGAAGCGCAUCUGUUUUUUGACGACGCGAUGGAGCUGUCUGAUGAUGACAAUCUGGUACCGAACAUGUUCGUGGGUGACCUCAUGGAGUGUAUUGACGACUCACUCAGUUCGGUGCACGAGCGGCAGAUGACGCUAGGACCUCCAACACGUACUCCAACCCCAUACGGCGGCCGCCUCACCUGGAAACUUCCGGGAGGAACAAAACUGAUCGCCCAUCUUAAGGACAAGCAUAAGAUACGGCACAAGAAACGCUGGUCACAAGUGAUGUACAUGUACUACCUGUUGGGGUACCGGAUCCUGGCUCAGCCCGAAAACCUGCUAACCAAGGACAUGAUCGACGGUUACCGCUCUGACGGGGAGUUCCAGCGCGUCAAGCUCACAGAGAGCCAACUGCGCAGGCGCAGGAAGGCCGCACACUUCACGCGCAGCGUCAUCUUCAAUUACGUCACGGACGACGUGCACACGCAGGCCGAGAACACGUACAUUUUGACUCUGGACGGCGACGUGGACUUCCAUCCGGAUGCUGUCCGCCUCCUCAUCGACAGCCUGAAGACCAACAAGAAGGUUGGGGCCGCCUGUGGUCGCAUUCAUCCCAUCGGAUCAGGUCCCCUGUGCUGGUACCAGCAGUUCGAAUACGCUAUCGGCCAUUGGCUGCAGAAGGCAUCGGAACAUGUGUUUGGCUGCGUCAUGUGCGCGCCUGGCUGCUUCUCCCUCUUCCGUGGUUCCGCCAUGAUGGACGACAACGUGGCACGAACGUAUGCCACUCGCGCCACGGAGGCAGGUCACUACGUUCAGUACGAUCAGGGCGAGGAUCGAUGGCUGAGCACACUUCUGCUGCAGCAGGGCUAUCGUAUCGACUAUAUCGCGGCCGCAGACGCUCUUACCCACGCCCCGGAAACAUUUUCUGAGUUUUUCAACCAGCGACGUCGAUGGGGUCCUUCCACCCUGGCGAACAUCAUAGAUCUGCUGGGCAGCUGGAAGUCCACCAUAAGCAUUAACGACAACGUGAGCACGCUGUACAUACUGUACCAGUUCUGUAUGAUGAUCUCCACCAUACUUGGACCCGCCACCAUUCUCCUCAUGUUGGCAGGUGCCUUCACUGUCGUGUUCAAGACAAGCGUACUGGGUUCUUAUCUGAUGGCCCUUGCUCCCGCUAUAGGAUUCAUAGUGAUCUGUAUAUUUGCGUCCACGGACACCCAGAUGACGAUAGCAUCCAUCAUGAGCGCUUUUUACGCUAUUAUCAUGACCAUUGUGUUGGUUGGUACUGUUGGCCAGGCUAUUGAAGGUGGUGUGACUAGUCCGAACGUCGUGUUCUUGCUCUCUUGUGGGAAAACAUUCACGGAAAAAGACAAAGUUCGAGAAAUAAUUUCAAAGGCCAUGGAGCUUCAGAAACUAUGCAACAUUGAGAACGAACCGAUGCCUGAUUACGACGACCCGCUGCCGGAUUACGGGUAUUCCGACGAAGGAGAAACUCUUGACACGACAUCGCUGGCAACUGCGGACACGUGGUCUAUAAAUCCACCGUCUUACCAAGCUAAUAUGCCGAUAGGGUUCUACAACGACCCGCAUAAUCGCAAACAGGCCAUAUUUAAUAACCGGGGAAACCCUAGCGGCGCUGCACUGCGCAAGGCGUUCGAGAAGCGUUUCCGGAAUGAGGCACAGCACUAUCGGUCUGACCCGGCUAUGGAUGAAGAUAGGGCCGUGGCACUAUAUGAUAUCUUUGAACACGACCCCGCAAACGUCGUCUAA